AUGGCCUCCACCAAAAAGUCCCCUCCAUAUGACGGCCACUCCUCCGGCUCAGACGUCAAGAAUCAGCAGACUCCAGGCGCCAAACGACGGCCUUCACGGGCAGGUACCCGCAGCGUCACCACUCUCACCGCCGCCCAGCUCGAACGGAAACGAGCAAACGAUCGUGAGGCACAGCGAGCCAUUCGCCAACGGACCAAGGACCAUAUUGAAAACCUGGAGCGCCAGAUCCGCGACCUGACCGCACAGCAAGAUGCCAACUCGUCAUCCAAAAUCAUGGAGCUAAUGCGGCGGAACGAGGAGCUGGAGCAGGAGAACGCUCUUCUCCGCAGUCGCUUGUCUCACGCAGUUGCAGCAUUUGGAGUCUCGGACCAAAAUGGAGGAGGCGCUCCAUCACCCAGCGAUCGUAUCCAAAUGCUCAGCCAGCCUCGAAGAUCUUCAACGGGUACUGCCAGAAGCGCCCACUCAGUUCCUGAAAUGGCAACGCCAGUUUCCCAACCUGGACAUUGGCAGCCGCAACACACCGGUUACCCUCCUAAUGUCUCCUCCUCACCGCAUAUCGAAAACCCCUCGACCCUUGGCGAUGUCUCAGGCCCACAGGACGCGGUGCGCUGGAGUCCUCAUCCCCACGGUCAUCAACAACAUCACUCGGUUUCGCUCCCGGUUCAAGAUCCUUCGCUUCACGCCGUCGACUCUUCGGGAAUGUCAUAUCCUAAUCCGUAUAGCAUGGACAGCAGCGCGCGAGCUAUGUCUUACCCGCUCGAAAAUACCCACCUCGUUACUUCGCAACCCAUGCAAAUGACAGGCUAUGGUACCCCGACCUCAAACCCAUCUCCUCAUCAUCCUGAAUACCAGCGGCUGAACGUGCCAAUGAAUGCUCACCAGCCACCUCCACAUCCUGCGCAUCAACAUCAGCAUCAGCAGCAGCAAGCGCCUUCACCGUACCCGAAUUUCCAAUCUCAUGGGCCCCAAGGGUACGUCCCUCAGGGGAGUCAUCAGGGAGAGAUGCAGAUGAUGACCCAAUCUCCCCAUCCGCAGCCGCCGAUGAUGGGUGAGCAGGGACAUAUGAUGUAUCAUAUGCCACCGAACAUGAAGGUCGAACACUAA